CGUACGUCCCAUCUCAUACUGGUUUUUACUAUGGACGCGUGUCGCAUGUCAUGUAUGUAUGUAUGCUGCGGCCCAGCGAGCGGCCUACGACUUGCAGCGCAACCAGCCCACAACAUCAAAACAUUGAACCAUAACCGGCUGACUGACUGAUUGAUGAUGACGAUGUUUUACUACGGUUGUUCAGUUUAGGAACCACUGAAAGUGUAGCAUAAACCCGAAUAACGAGAGGCGGAAUAAUUGGGAGAGCCAAUGGUUCUGCUGAUGCUGGGAAACUCACCUCCCAUUUCCUACCUCUGAGUUAUCAGCAUGCCUUACUCUGCCGUGCUCAACAAUAGGCGUCGUCAUCGAUGGAGGUACUCGAUAAUCUGUAAUGAUGAUCUGUAUGCCCGAUAAGAGCAGGAGUUGCUCUGAUGAAAAACAAUUAAAAAACAUCGCACACCAACCAAACCACCUCUAGAGAGUUGCGAUCGUCUCCACCAGCAAUCGAUCGUCAGUUGAAAAUCCACACACGAACCACACGGCUGAGCAUGCAAGCAGCACAACCGAGCUACUACAACCGACUUUGUUUUAACUUCGUUCGUUAUUUUAAGAAACUGUAAAUUAAGAUCAAACCCUAAGUUUAAGUAAAAACCCGCCCUUUGUUGAAACCAACGUAAUUCGCGCGUGUAUUAAUUCCCCAAAAACGGAAGACCAAAUCAUCCUAAGUUCGGUUUCUUGGGCGAGAGACAGAGCGUGCCUAUUCUUCAGUUGGUUGAUCCUAGGUUGAUCGAGCCAAACCGCCAGACGAAAGAAUCCCGUAGAUUGACAGGUAUUGGCCCAUCCGGGAAUAAACAUUGGUCCUUCGAGCCGGAUGAAGGCCUUGGCCGGAGGAUUCUACACCGCUACAAUCGGGACACGGAAAGGGACGCCAAGCCAAACUAAUUCUCCAUUUUCCAUCGUGGAACGCAAAUACGCUUUGUGAAGCGUCGCCAUUGCUGAGUGAUUGUGCACAAAGGAGCUUUGUUCAUCAUAAUUCUUGAGACCAGAAGCAUACCUGUUGUGUUUCACAAUUACUUAUAGUUUCCUUUUUGUCAUUACGAAUAGAUUUGGAUUUGGUGCAUGCAGGACGGUUAUCGGUGACCAACUGGCAAUUCAACGGCAUACGUAAAGGUGAGGCGCGGCUGUCGUGGUAGAUCGCCCCCUCCCUUGGGUUUCAACGCUAGCUAUCGCAUGGUUCAAUCACCUUUUGCCAGGGGCAAGAUUACGAAAAUUGGGUUUCGGAGAUUGGAUCGCAGCAGGAUCGGUGCAUGCUAGACGGUUCUGUGGUGCUCAACUCAAGGAAAACGGUUUCAAAAGGUGAGGCGCGGCUAUCUUGGUUCCGAUCGCCCCCUCCCUUCGGUUCAACAAUCAUCAUCCUACACGUUCAUCGACUGUUGGCCAGUUGCAAUUGGUGCAACUCAGGUGUGCGCUCGACAUCAGGUGCAUGGUUGACCUGAUUAAUACUGUAAAGGAAAAAGCAUUGCGACGGUGGUGUACAUACUCACACGGUCCAAAGUGAAGUUCAACGUGGUGCCUAGGGUUCGAUCUACAGCGACGCGCAGUUUGGGUGCCAUUUAUGCUACGCUCGGUAAGCUACAACAUAAUGAAUCAGUGGUUCCUAAACAACAGUUGGUGAACAUUUUUAAAAAAUUCAAAGGUUGGUGGUAAAAUAUUUUCGGAAAAAUUAUUCAUGAUUUUAAUGAAGCUUAAGUGGAUGUUCGUAAACAAUAUAUGGUUAAAAAGAAUUAUUUGCAAUAAUUAAUAUUGGCGCAAUUCCUUGAGAACAAAACUGUUCGUUAGAACAAUUGUCUCAUUUUCUCGGCUUUUACUUUGAUUUUCUUCACCUUGUUCCUCUUAUUGAUAUUUGGUGAUAUCUUACUGCAUUGGUUUAUUUAUUGGUUGGUGAUCAAGGGACUCCUGAAAAAUGCCUACUGUUAAAGCGUCCAAGGAUUCAAGGAAUCCAUCAUUGAAGUACUUGAUUGUUAAAUUAAAGGAAAUCCAGUCGUCCUUUUCUGAUGUGUGGGAGUUUGUGGAAACAUUUCAAGAGGAUGCUACUCAUGCACAGAUUUCAGUUCGGCUUUCUGCAAUUGACGAUUUAUGGGAAAGAUUUGGUGAAGUGCUGGUCGAUAUCAAAUCACAUGAAGAUUUCGUGGCUGAUUUAGAGCUUUAUGAUAAGGAACGAAAGGAGUUCAGUGAUCGGUACUAUUUCGCAAAAUCGUUUCUCAUGGACAAGGCUAAGGUUCGUUUGGAGUUUACUGAGCUUGAUCAUUCCGUUCGUGCUGGUGAAUCUAAUAAUCAUGGUGGUUUUGAUCAUGUUAGACUUCCACAGAUCAAGCUGCAGUCUUUCAAUGGAAAUAUUGACGAAUGGCUUGGAUUUCGCGAUCUUUAUAUCUCUCUUAUCCAUUGUAAACCAGAUUUGCCAGAAGUGGAAAAAUUUCACUACUUGAAAGGUUGUCUCCAAGGUGAACCCAAAUCGUUGAUUGAUCCUCUACAAAUAACAAGAGCUAAUUACGUAGUUGCAUGGGAUAUCCUUUUAAAGCGGUACAACAACAGCAAACAGCUUAAAAAGAGGCAGGUUCAAUCGCUUUUUAAAUUACCUUCGGUGAACAAGGAAUCCGUAAAUGACCUUCUACAACUAUUGGAAGGGUUUGAGAGAAUAGUCAACACUUUGGAUCAGGUAUUAGAGGCAAAGGACUAUAAGGAUCUACUAUUGGUUAACUAUCUCGUGUCUCUUCUAGACCCGGUGACUCGUAGGAGUUGGGAAGAGGAAUCAGCCUCGAAGAAGGAAGACACCUUAGCCGAUUUAACUGAGUUUCUGCACAGACGGGUCCGAGUCUUGGAAGCUCUUCCACCAAAGUUGAGUGAUAGUAAGGGUGUACCUCCACAAAUGUCAGCUAAACAGAGAGUCAGUGUUAGAACAUUUCAUAAUAAUGUGAAUAUGAAUGGGUUUAAAUGUUUUGCCUGUAAUGGUCAGCAUCCUUUGCAUCAGUGUCAGAAAUUUUUGAAAUUGUCUGUGUCGGAAAGAGAUUCGCUUCUAAAAAAUCAUUCUUUAUGUCGAAACUGUUUCAGAACAUCUCAUAUGGCUAGAGAAUGCCAGUCCAAGUUUUCGUGUCGGAAUUGUGGAGGUCGCCAUCAUACUCUGGUGUGUUUUAAGGGCAAGGACGGAGAAAUUUCGGAAUCUUCAAGGUCAGGUGAAACUAAUGGCACUUCUAAGAGUAAUCAGUUGAGAAAAGAAACAUCUUGUCAGGUUUCUAAUACAGCUUCAUCAUCAUGCUUGACAUCGGGUGUCGAGCGCAAAGCACAUUGUCGGGUUCUUCUUGCAACUGCCGUGGUUCUCUUAGAAGAUGAAAUGGGAAACAGAUAUCCAGCUCGAGCGCUGCUUGAUUCAGGGUCAGAAAGCAAUUUCAUGUCAGAAAGAUUGAGUCAGCGUUUGAAGAUGAGUCGGAAAAGGGUAGAUGUAGCGAUACUUGGUAUUGGUCGGACAUCUACCAGGGUUAAACACAAGGUUCAAGCAGUGGUGCGAUCGAGGGUGAACAAUUACUUUAAGGAAAUGGAAUUCCUGGUUCUACCCAAGGUAACUGUCGAUCUGCCAACUGCAACGGUUUCAACGAACGAAUGGUCCUUCCCAAAUGGUAUUGAGUUGGCUGAUCCAUCAUUUUUUGAGUCAAGGAUGGUGGAUUUGGUGUUGGGAAUCGAGUCGUUCUUUGAUUUCUUCGAAUCGGGAAAACGGAUUUCCAUCGGAGAUCAAUUACCAACGCUUACAGAGUCAGUUUUCGGUUGGGUCGUUUCUGGAGGUUUAUCGCAAGGGACAUCAGCACGGAUUGCUUGUAAUGUUUCAACAACAGAGUCUCUUGAAACGCUUGUUGCUCGGUUUUGGGCUUGUGAGGAGUUAGGUUCGGAAAACUUAUACUCACGAGAGGAAAGGCGUUGCGAGGAAGUUUUCCAGAAAACGAUACAGAGAGACAGCAAUGGAAGGUACACAGUUUCUCUUCCUAAGAAUGAGGAGGUUUUCCCUAAUUUAGGCGACUCAAGGGAAAUAGCGUUAAGGCGCUUGGGCGCAACUGAGCGCAGGUUAGCAAGGAAUUCGGAAUUGCGGGAGCUGUAUACCAAGUUCAUGGACGAAUAUAUACAGCUAGGGCACAUGAGAGAAGUGGUCGAAACGUCAAAUACUAAACGCUGUUUUUUGCCACACCAUCCGGUCGAGAAGGAGAGUAGUACGACCACUAAGUUGCGUGUAGUGUUCGACGCCUCAUGCAAAACUACAACAGGAAUUUCACUAAACGACGGAUUAUUAUCAGGUCCAGUAAUCCAGGAUGAUCUUCGGGCAAUUAUACUCCGCUGUCGCAUGUGUCAGAUUAUGGUCGUGGCGGACAUCGAGAAAAUGUUUCGACAAAUCAAUGUAGCACAUGAGGACCGUCCACUUCAGUCAAUCUUAUGGAGGAACUCACCAUCGGAACCAGUUAGAACGUUUGAGCUGAACACGGUAACGUACGGCACCAAACCAGCUCCGUUUUUAGCUACUCGCACCCUAAAGCAGUUGGCAUUAGACGAAGCAGAAAGAUUUCCCCUGGCAUCACGAGUAUUUUUGGAUGAUACGUACAUGGACGAUGUUGUAUCAGGUGCAGACGAUGCAACCGCAGCUCUCAAACUGAGAAUUCAGUUAGAUAAGGCUGCAAAAGCUGGAGGAUUUCGGUUACGAAAAUUCGCAUCAAAUUGUGCAGAAGUCCUACAAGGGCUAUCACAAGACAGUGUAGCUAUUGAAGAGUCUUCAGAUGGAUCGGAGAUAGAUCCUUCGAUGAAGAUACUUGGGCUCACAUGGUUACCGAAAUCUGAUGUCUUCAAGUACAACUUCAACAACCCUGAUAUUCCAAAUUCCACGGUUUUAACAAAACGCAAGGUGCUGUCGGUAAUUGCAACGCUUUUCGACCCUUUAGGACUUCUCGGUGCUGCAAUAACAACUGCUAAAAUAUUUAUGCAGCAGUUGUGGACGUUACGGAACAGCGACGAUCAAAGGUUGGAUUGGGAUCAGCCGUUGCCUCCAACGGUGGGUGAGGAUUGGCUGAAAUAUUACGAACAACUGGUUUCACUCAACAACGUUCGGAUCGAGCGGUGCAACAUAAUUCCAAAGGCCAUUCACAAGGAAAUUCAUUGUUUUUCGGACGCUUCGGAGAAGGCGUAUGGUGGUUGCGUCUAUUUGAAAAGUGUCAACCCAAAUGGAGAGGUUAAGAUUUGUUUGUUGUCAGCUAAAUCGAGGGUAGCUCCGCUAGCAAGCCAGUCAAUUCCACGUUUAGAAUUGUGUGGGGCUUUGCUUACUGCCGAACUGUUCAAAUUCGUUCAGGAAUCCAUGAAGCUUGAAUGCCCAGUUAUCUUCUGGACAGAUUCCACAUGCGUGUGGCGAUGGUUACAGGCUGUUCCAUCUACUUGGACUACCUAUGUGGCAAAUCGAGUUGCCAAAAUACAACAACUAACGGAAGGUUUCGAAUGGAGACAUGUCCCAGGCGUCGACAACCCGGCAGAUCUGAUUUCUCGGGGCAUUCCACCUGCCGAAAUUGGUCACACUCGUUUAUGGUGGGAAGGUCCAGCCUGGUUAGCGCUAGAAAGGGAAAACUGGCCAGAACGACCAGAUAAUCACUUAGCAGAGAUGGGCGAGGAGGAGAAGCGUCGAACCACAGUAACAGCAUUGACAACAAACAUUACAGAGCAUGAGUCAGAUUUCAAUCGUUGGUUUUUUAGUUUGUAUUCGGAUUACACUAAAAUGGUCAGAUGUACAGCUUACUUGUUAAGGUUUAUGAAGCUGUUAAGGUCAAAGCGGCAGGUCAAAUUUCAACCUUUUCUACAGGCAGCUGAGAUGGAUGAAGCUGAAAGAGCUUUAGCGAUGUGUGUUCAGAAGGAGUGCUUUGCUGAGGAGUUAAAGGCUUUAUCUAAGGGUGAUUUUGUGUCAAGGCAAUCGAAACUGAGGUGGUUCAAUCCCAAAGUAUUCCCUGAUGGUUUGUUAAGGAUUGGUGGUAGAUUGAGCAAUUCGACCGAGUCAGAAGCAGCAAAACACCCUAUUGUCUUACCUGCACGUCACGAUCUUACUCGACUAAUCCUAGAACACUUUCACCGCCGAUUAUUGCACGCAGGUCCUCAGUUACUUUUAGCUACAGUAAGGUUGAAGUUUUGGCCCUUAGGUGGAAGAGGUGUAGCUCGUCAAGUUGUUCAAAAAUGCCACACAUGCUUCAAGGCUCGCCCGACGCCUAUUCAACAGUUCAUGGCAGAACUGCCGGUUUCACGCGUAACGGUUUCGCGUGCAUUCAGUAAGGCAGGUGUAGAUUAUUUUGGUCCAAUAUACAUUCGACCAGCUCCCAGACGUCCAGUAGUUAAGGCAUACGUGGCUAUUUUUGUAUGCAUGUCCACUAAAGCAGUACAUCUUGAGCUGGUGUCGGACCUAUCUACCGAAAGAUUUAUACAGGCCUUGCGUAGAUUUGUCGGAAGAAGAGGAAAAUGUGUUGAGCUCUUUUCAGAUAACGGUACGAAUUUUGUCGGAGCUAGAAAUCAAAUGUCAGAAUUGUUAAGUCUGUUGAAGAGUCAGAAUCAUCGAGAAAAGUUGUACAAGGAAUGUGGUAACGAUGGAAUUAAGUGGCAUUUCAAUCCCCCAAGCGCCCCACAUUUUGGUGGUUUGUGGGAGGCAGCGGUGCGUUCCGCUAAAAAACAUAUUUUGAGGGUUAUCGGGGAAAACCCUGUUAGUUCAGAAGAUUUUACGACGCUUCUCGUUCAGGUCGAAGCUUGUUUAAAUUCACGGCCCAUUACACCACUUUCAAACGAUCCUAAUGAUUUGGAACCAUUGACACCGGGUCAUUUUAUUAUCGGAGAGUCUUUACAGUCCAUGCCAGAUAAAACCUACGAACAAAUACCCGAUAACAGACUUGACCAAAUGCAACUGAUGCAGAAAAAUAUUCAGUUGAUUUGGAAACGGUGGCAUAGGGAAUAUUUAUGUCAACUUCAAGCAAGAACGAAAAGAUGGAAACCUUCAGUGUUUGUUGAAAUUGGUAGCCUGGUUAUCAUCAAAGAUGAAAAUACUCCUCCGUGUAGAUGGAAAAUGGGCAGAGUUGUAGAGCUUCACCCAGGACAGGAUGGUAUAACCCGUGUGGUAACACUGAAAACGGAGUCUGGGUUGAAAAAACGACCAGUUGAAAAGUUGUGUUUGCUACCAAUGUCAGAUUCUAUUGAGAUUACAGAUCAGAAUGCGUCAGAAAUACAGUCAGAAUGAAGUGUGUCAGCUACCGGUCAGAACACUUGAAAGAUGUUUGGAUCAAAUAACCACGAUAAACCUAUUCAGAUGGUUGUGUCAGAUUGUGUAAUAAUAAUGUCAGAUUAUGUCAGAUUCUAAUGAUGGAAUACAAGAAAUUAUGUGUCUGAUGUCAAUGUCGGAUUUAUGAAAAGGAUUAAGUCAGAUGAAUACGCAAACAUUUAGAUCGAAGUCCGAAAUUAAGCAAGUAAAGUUCACCAACUAAUUCUUACCAUUCAUUAUUUAAUAUUUAUUCAGAAAUACAUGUUUGAUUUCUGGGUGGGUGAGGAUGUUCAGUUUAGGAACCACUGAAAGUGUAGCAUAAACCCGAAUAACGAGAGGCGGAAUAAUUGGGAGAGCCAAUGGUUCUGCUGAUGCUGGGAAACUCACCUCCCAUUUCCUACCUCUGAGUUAUCAGCAUGCCUUACUCUGCCGUGCUCAACAAUAGGCGUCGUCAUCGAUGGAGGUACUCGAUAAUCUGUAAUGAUGAUCUGUAUGCCCGAUAAGAGCAGGAGUUGCUCUGAUGAAAAACAAUUAAAAAACAUCGCACACCAACCAAACCACCUCUAGAGAGUUGCGAUCGUCUCCACCAGCAAUCGAUCGUCAGUUGAAAAUCCACACACGAACCACACGGCUGAGCAUGCAAGCAGCACAACCGAGCUACUACAACCGACUUUGUUUUAACUUCGUUCGUUAUUUUAAGAAACUGUAAAUUAAGAUCAAACCCUAAGUUUAAGUAAAAACCCGCCCUUUGUUGAAACCAACGUAAUUCGCGCGUGUAUUAAUUCCCCAAAAACGGAAGACCAAAUCAUCCUAAGUUCGGUUUCUUGGGCGAGAGACAGAGCGUGCCUAUUCUUCAGUUGGUUGAUCCUAGGUUGAUCGAGCCAAACCGCCAGACGAAAGAAUCCCGUAGAUUGACAGGUAUUGGCCCAUCCGGGAAUAAACAACGGUGGUGUUGCCUGCCGCUCGCCGCUGCUGCUUUACUACUUGGGUUCCAACCUUCUGCAUUGUACGGAAUGCUUGUUCUUGUUUGUUUUCCGAAACUCAUUCGGUGGACCGCCCGAGAAUGGCCGAGACAAGCAGUUUCAUCUGGUCGGGGGUCGGACGGAUUCUAGACAUACAAAAUAUUA